GGCUGCCGCUCGAGUCAUUUGGAUACUCGCAUUUUAUUACACACUCCGUUAAUUAGCCCGAGUUUGCGUUGGGCCAGUAUGGAUUGCAUGUGGAUAUAUUGAACGGCCUUUGCGCAAUCCGAGUUAGUCGCAUGCGCGGAUUGGCACAGGACAGGUGACAGAUGGCCAGACUAACACUGCUGCUCGGCCUAAUCCUGGCCAGCUGCUGCGCGUGCCCCUCAACUGCCGCCGAAACGGCCCAGAUACUGCGGUACGAGAAUGACGCCAACUCGGACAGCGAUGGCUAUGCCUUCUCGUAAGUUCGAGACCAGCGAUGGAAUCUCUCGCGAGGAGAGGGCCACCCUGAAAAAUCCCGGCACCCCCGAGGAGGCGAUUUCCGUGCAGGGCAGCGUCAAUUGGGUGGGACCGGAUGGCGUCCACUACAAGCUCAACUACCUGGCCGAUGAGAACGGCUUCCAGGCCCAGGGCGAGCAUCUUCCGCAGGUGGAGCCCUGAUCACGUGAUAGUUUUGGACUUUGUUUAAAAAAAGCAAAACCACCGAAUGGCUGGAGGAGGCGGGCAAACAAUAGAAAUUAAUACAUAAUAAUAUAAAAAUUUAGACACACAUGUGUAUAUGUAUACACAUGGCGGGGCAUAAAUUUUCACCCAUCCAAAUUGAAUUGUAUUCUAGGCAGCGAAUUAGCAUAUACAUUUGUAUCUUCCAAACCCGUUUGCUCUUCGCGCCUGAGCUGUGGAUUGUAUGCGGUAACCGAGUAGCUGCGAUCUUCGAUCCCCCGAUCUGCGAUCUGCUGUAUGCGAUCCCCAAUUUGCGUGAGCUGACCAAACCGGUUCAAUAAACGCCAAAAAGCACCCAACAAAGGUUGCCAAAAAAGCAAAUAACAAUUAAAGAAGCCUCAAAGCUGCCAACGAAAGUGAGAACUUCGGGGAAAAAAGGGCAUUUUAAGGCAAUUAAGCGAAGCUCCUCUCAUUUAUCAAUCGUAAACUACAAAAUAAUCGGUCCUUUCAAAGCCUAGACAUGUCAGCCUGCACUGAGGAAAAUGGCUACACUUUGGUCACCAGAUUAACAAAAUAAAUUUGGAACAAAUA